GCAUUUCCCGCAACAAAACAAGACCUCACGUCACUCCUUCCUAUUCCAAACCUCAAUCAAAACGUCCACCAUAAAUCAUCAUGUUGCUAAUCGGUCUUACCGGCUCGAUCGCGACCGGGAAAUCCACUGUCUCAUCAAUCCUUUCCCAACCUCCGUACUCUCUUCCAGUUAUCGAUGCUGAUUUACUUGCGCGCAAAGUUGUAGAACCAGGGACACCGGGUUAUCAGAAGAUUGUCGCUCAUUUUUCAUCCACUACCCCGGAUCUCCUUCUCCCUCCUUCUCCCGAUCAUGACAAUAAAAAAGGCGCUCCAUUGAAUAGACCUGCACUGGGUAGAAGAGUGUUCGGGGAUACCGAGGAAAGGAAAAGAGAUAGGGCAGUGCUGAAUGGAAUUGUGCAUCCGGCAGUUAGGAGGGAGAUGUAUAAAGAACUGCUCAGAUGCUAUUUGAAAGGUUGUUGGGCUGUAGUUCUUGAUGUGCCAUUAUUAUUCGAAAGUGGAAUCGAUGUGAUUUGUGGCACAGUCCUCGUGGUGGCCGUAAGGGAUCCAAAGAUACAAAUGCAGAGGUUAAGGGACAGAGAUGCACACUUAACAGAGGAAGAUGCUGAAAACAGGGUCAAGAGUCAAGGGGACGUGAGAGAAAAAGCAAAAAGAUGUCAAGCCAGAGGAGAGUCGUGUGGAUUGGUGGUUUGGAACGAUGAGGGAAAGGAUGAACUGAAGAUGGAGCUACAAAAGGUCAUGGAAACUAUUCAAGGCAAAAGCCCUAGAUGGUGGGCCUGGUUACUACUAUUGUGUCCACCACUAGCUGGACUUGCAGGCAUAUGGAAUUACUGGAGAAAUACUGUCAUCAAUAAAGAGUGGAAGAGAGGGGAGCUACAAGCCAAGGCUAAAUUAUGAGGCGCCACCCCGAAAAAACUGGAACAGGCAUAGUCCCAAAGUACAGAGGCCAUUGCGGAGUCGCCAAGAAGAUGUUCGAGACAAGGCUGUCGGAUUCAAACCUAUUGGCAUUGCAGAAUAUCGUUUCUUGCAUCUGCUGGAAAUAUCUUCACACCUAUAGAGGCCGAGAAUAAUAGGCAAGGUCCUAUUCUUUCUUAUGACCACGGGCAACAUGUGGAAUCAAGGCUAAAAGUUGUCUCCUGGUCGGCCGAGGGUUUCUGUUCCUUCAUGAAGUUGCAGUAACCCAUAGGAUAUCCUUUAUGCCAUAUUGAAACACUUCGUGUUGAUUUUCAUCAUAAUACAGAAUCUAGAUCUACCAUUUUCCAAUGAUAGGCGAAUUUCUUGGUUGAGUUUCAGAACGGAUCAACUUCAAUUGAUUAUUUAAUAAGAGGUAGCGAAUUUUGAAAUCAUAGACAAAAGAGCACAGGUUGCGACCUCUCAUAGACUGAGGUAUGGUUGUAUUCUAUAUUCACAGCCGAAUUCAAGGUCAUGUGAAUUCUUGACCUAAAUUCAAUCAUUACCCCAACACUAUGUAUCUGUUCCGAUGCACUAAGCGCAGUGAAAAUUCACAUAUCAAACAAUUGUGAAUAAUCUGGAA